AUGACUGACCGCAACAACCCCAUCGAUCUCCAUAACCUUCGCCGUGACGGGACCGCAAGACCUCCUGGCGCCCAAACGGAUGAUCGUCAAAGCAGGACCAAUGCCCAGUCUGAAUCCGAUGGCAAUCGCUCGCAAUUUUGGAUCGACCGUCAUCCCAGCGCUGCCGCGGCGGGUACACUGGUUCUCGGGGCUGGCUUUGGAUUGGCUAUUUCACGUAUCUAUCAUGAUAGGGACAUCCAAAGAGGGCAAUCCGAAGAGUGUAAAGAGCGAUACUCCCAUUCAUUCGAUGGGUUCACAGCUAAAGGUAGCACGAGUCCCGACACUGAGAACCUUCACCAGCGCACUGCAGCUUCAGCUAUUGGAGUAAACAACGAUCAUAAUUUGAGAGAUGGAGAUUCAUUGGUUCAGGAGUCUCUAUCAGGUAGAACUGGUCAGGAAGUCUAUGUAGACCAGACCAGGCCUGAGAAUGAAGCGGGAAGAGAUGGCACUCUUGGUGGUACUGCCCCUCGAAGUGCUAGUACUUUCAGAGGGUAG